AUGCCUAAACCAAUUCGGUUGACGGCGUCCAAAUCAUCACGGAUAAACAAGCCAUCAGUUGGGAAGAAACCUGCUCUUCCUCUCAUGCCAUCCGACAUUGCAUUUUUAAAAGAUUUUGAUGAAAAGAAAUCGCUUCGACAAGCCCGAUCUAAAGCCCAACAAGAAAAACUUCAGGAUGACGGACCAGCCGAGUUGGAAUGGCAAUUGCAAGUUAGCACUAUUCCGGAUAUUGUAAAAUCUAUGAGGAUAGUUUUGGAUAGAAUGUGGGCCCCCAUACCUGAGAAGGGUCUUGGUAGAGAAGGCAGAGGAGAUGUUUACCAUUUCCGAAAAUCAAUACCGCCUCUGGUCCGAACUACCCACUUAUAUGCCAUUUAUCCAGACAAUUCUACAUAUGUAGAUAGAGAAAUACGAACAGCUUGCGAGGAUGGUACCGUUCGGCGACUUGUUGUUAAUUUGGUAGAAGGCAGUGAUUUGCUGAUAGAGUCAACGCAUUAUUAUGCUAUACUCGAUGAGCAAGUCCGGAAAUAUGAGGAAUCACUUUCUAAAUCUGAAGAUGAAGGGUCAAAAGUAGUGACUUCUGCAAUAGUCAAGGCGUUAAAAAUAUUCAAGAAGUUGUUAAUAAAAAAUCCAACGGCAAUUUCAUUAUCACUGUCAGAAUUAGAGGACGUUGAUCUUGCAAAACUAAGAAAUAACCUGCUAUCACUAGGGUUUUUGACUCUACAAUCUGGGCAGAUGGAUUCAUUUGUAAUAUCAGUGCCGAAUAUAGGAUCGUAUUUAAGGCUCGUCGCAUCCAGUCGUAAAUGGAUCAUCCGUAAUCUCGAUAAGAUGUCCUGGAAAGAGCUGUUGGAGUCUACAUUACAAGAGCGCUGGGAAUCUAAUAAAACAUAUUGGUAUGAUUUCAAAGGGUGUCUGCUAGAAUGGGUGUUGUAUGAUUGUUUUGGCGGUGGCUGGUGUGAACCCUUCAAGACACCAGUUGGAAGAGGUUGGAAGCUUACAGGUAAGAAAGGAUAA